UUUGAAAUUUGUUUUCAAUUCGUGUUUUGGCCCAAAACACCCUUUUCCUUAUCUCGCUUGCUUCCUCUUUUAGUUUUAGCACACGCUCUCACACACAAACCCCCCCAAACAUAUCCUUUCCUCUCUGUCUCCUAGCCCUACAGGAUUCACUAUGAAGGGUAAAUCAAAGGCUGAAACCAACAACACCGAUGCCAAACUGAAGAAGAGAGGUUCGGCAACGGAGAAAGUCAGCAAGAGGCAACCGAAGAAGCAAAAGAAGGCUGCAAAGGAUCCGAACAGGCCGAAGAGGCCUCCGAGUGCCUUCUUUGUUUUCAUGGAGGAGUUUAGGCAAGAGUUCAAGAGGGAAAAUCCUGAUAAUAAAUCUGUCUCUGCUGUGGGUAAAGCUGCCGGUGCUAGAUGGAAAUCCAUGUCAGAUGCUGAUAAAGCUCCCUAUGUAGAGAAAGCAGAGAAGAGAAAAAGUGAUUACAAUAAGAAUAUGGAGGCUUACAACAAGAAACUGGAGGGAACCAAUGUGGAAGAGGAAGAAGAAUCUGAUGAAAAGUCCAGGUCUGAAGUGCAUGAUGAUGAGGAAGAUGAAGAUGAAACUGGAGAGGAGGAAGAAGAUGAUGAUUAGUCAAGAACUAGUGGAGAGUCAUAGGUGGAAAUGUGAAGUAACUUACUAUAGACUUCUCAAAAUAUGAUAAAUUUACCCUUCAUAGUUUAAUUUUAUGGCAUGAUAGCUUUAUCAGUCAGCCUCUUAGACCAGCUUAGGACAAGCAAACAAGGGUGUUAGUUUAAGGAUCUUCCUGGUGUUUCAUGUGGAUCUGUACUUAAAAAAAGAAGCUUUUCAUUGCCCAGAUUUCUUUCUAGCUUUUAAUUUUUUUCUCUUAUGCUC